UCGCUCAUAUCACGCUCUCGCCACCAGGGGCCGCCUCGUCACGUGAUGCCCGGAGUGUCAGUGGGGAACAGCAUGGCGGACAUGCAUGUGCGGACAGGCAACGGAUACCAUCGACUGUCCAGCUAACCCCGCCCGAGAAGCAAGAGCCAAAUCGGGUCGCGGUGAACUAGGCCCGGCGAACGUGGCCGAACGACUCAGCGGAAUGGACGAGGAUACGAAGCUCCAGUUCCCGUCUCUGCCAGCCACCAAGGAGGAGCUCCUGGACUGGGCUUAUCCAAUGAGACGAGAAAUGCAGGAAAUAUUACCCGGACUGUUCUUAGGUCCUUAUUCUGCUGCCAUGAAAAGCAAGCUGCAGGCUCUGGAGAGAGAGGGCAUCACGCAUGUAGUGUGCGUGCGCCAAGACAUCGAAGCCAAUUUUAUCAAACCUAACUUCCCUCAUACAUUUAGAUACCUUGUGUUAGAUAUUGCAGACAAUCCAGUGGAAAAUAUCAUAAGAUUUUUUCCCACGACUAAAGAAUUUAUCGAUGGCUGUUUAGCAACUGGAGGUAAGGUACUGGUUCACGGUAAUGCCGGGAUCUCGAGAAGUGCUGCCCUAGUGAUUGCCUACCUAAUGGAAACGUUUGGAAUGAAAUACAGGGAUGCAUUCAGUCACAUCCAAGAGAGGAGGUUCUGCAUUAACCCCAACAUGGGAUUUGUGCAUCAGCUUCAGGAAUAUGAAGCAAUCUACCUCGCUAAGCUGACUAUUAAGAUGAUGUCACCAAUGCAGUUGGGCCGCUCUUUCUUACAAGCGGGCAUGGCAGGAAGCCGUAAGCGCAGCCUGGAGGAAGAUGACGACUUUGGAGCAAUGCAGGUCACAGCAGCACAAAAUGGAUGAGCCUUGCUUACAUUUAGCCACGGGCGUGUUGCACUGUUUUUUUUUCUUUUACAUUUUUAAUGGGAUUAAAAAUGUAGACAUUUGAACGUUUUUCUAAGGGGUGGGGGGAAGACCACUUAUGUCUGUGACAUGAUGGUCUGAUGGGGAUGAGUACAUUUGAUAACUUUUUGGUUUCUUGAGCUGUAUGCAUUGAUAAACUUUUUGCAGUUUUAUAGUAUUUAAAGCAUUUUUGCAUUUGCAGCGGGACAGUAUUGCAAUCGUGCCCUUUCAAUACUUGAAUUUGUGUAGAUGACCAGAAUGGGGAGCAGGAGGGAAAAGGGAUGUUGCCCAUUGCAGGACUUGAUGAAGGGGGAUAAUUAAUUAAUGCCUUUAUUUUGGUGUCAUAGCAUUAACGACUAAUAGCAGGCUUAAUGUUGGAUAGGAUGAAAUUGUUACCGAAUAAAAGUUCUGACUGAAUGCA